GCCGCCAUGGCAUCAGAUGAAGGCAAGCUUUUCGUUGGAGGGCUGAGUUUUGACACCAAUGAGCAGUCGCUGGAGCAGGUCUUCUCAAAAUAUGGACAGAUCUCUGAAGUGGUGGUUGUGAAAGACAGGGAGACCCAGAGAUCUCGGGGAUUUGGGUUUGUCACCUUUGAGAACAUCGAUGAUGCCAAGGAUGCCAUGAUGGCCAUGAACGGGAAGUCUGUAGAUGGGCGGCAGAUCCGAGUGGAUCAGGCGGGCAAGUCGCCAGACAGCCGAUCUCGGGGGUACCGUGGCGGCUCUGCCGGGGGCCGGGGCUUCUUCCGCGGGGGCCGAGGACGGGGCCGUGGGUUCUCUAGAGGAGGAGGGGACCGAGGCUAUGGGGGGAACCGGUUUGAGUCCAGAAGUGGGGGCUACGGAGGCUCCGGAGACUACUAUAGCAGCCGGAGUCAGAGUAGUGGCUAUGGUGACCGGAGCUCGGGCGGGUCCUACAGAGACAGCUACGACAGUUACGGUAAGUCACACUCUGAGGGCGCCACGCUGCUGUGGCCUGCGGUGGGAGCUCGGUUCACUUUGGCGCCCUCUCCAAGCGACUUAGGCUGGACACUCAGACCUUGUCACUGCACUUGCCCAUAAGGGACACAUCUGUCCUCUCAGAGCCAUUUCUACUGCAGGACACAAGAGCAAUUGAGACUGACCAAAGGCAAGGGAGAGCGAGGGCCCACCGGGCAGCCAGCGCAGGUGCAUGUGCGGCCGCCGGCCUCCCUCGGCCGUGGGGGGUGGUUGCUCCCCAGCCGCAGGCCGUGGCCGGUCUGGCCUCUGGGGUGACGCUGCCUCUCGUUGCUUGAGUGCCUUUACACUGUGCCUGCUUCUUGUCCUCAGCUACACACAACGAGUAAAAACCUUUCCUGCUCAAGACCGUCCUUCCAAUGGCUGUGUAUUUAAAGAUUGUGGGAGCUUCGCUGAACGUUAACGUGUAGUAAACGCACCUCCUGUAUUCCCACUUUUGUAGUCAUUUCGGUUCUGAUCUUGUCAAACCCAGCCCGACCGCUUCUGACCCCAGGAUGGCCUCGUUAGAGACUUUUUUUUUUAAGGAAGUGCUGUUUGUUUUUAAGGGUUUUCAAAACAUUUUGAAGAGCACUUGAGAUUUACUUUUUUCUUUUGACCACGAGCCAUGAGUUCCAAAAAAGUUGUCGGGGGUUGUGUGGGGUUUUGGUUUUUUAGUUUUUGGUUUUUUGGUUACGUUGCCUUUUUUUCUUUUUUACUGGGGUUGGCCCCAUGAAGUGGGUGCCCCAAUUCACUCCUCUCUGAGAUCGAACGGACUGUGAAUCCGAUCUUUGUCGGAAGCUGAGCAAGCUGUGGCUUUUUUCCAACUCCGUGUGACAUCUCUGAGUGUAGCGUGGUAGGACCCUGGCAGGCCUGGCAGCAGCUGCCCUGGAGCCCCGGCCCGUGCGCUCAUCUGUGCUGUGCACCCCAUGAUAGACGUGCAAACGUGUCUGAGAGGUUCUUGAAGAUGUUUAUUUAUAUUGUCCUUUUUUUACUGGAAGACGUACACAUACUCCAUCGAUGUUGUAUUUGCAGUGGCUGAGGAAUUCUUGUACGCAGUUUUCUUUGGCUUUACGAAGCCGAUUAAAAGACCGUGUGAAAUGAACUUUGCUCUGACAAUUCCCUUGCAUUGCACAACACACUCCCUGCUGCAGGCUUCUGCAGCCAGACCUGAGCAGCGAGAGAGGAGAAGGCGGAGGAGCACCGGGGCUGCAGGCACUCUUUGGGGCCUGCAGAGAGCUAGAUGAGGGAGGCACAGCAGACUGGCACUGGUCAGGGUAGGGGAGCCAGGCGGGGGAUGGGAGCGGGUAGCUCAAGGCCAAAGGGCAGCCCCGGGAGGCUUCUGGCAGUGGUGGCCAGAGGGCUGGACUCUGCGGGCAGCUUAGCAGGGACAGUGGACGUGCGCCCGACGCUGGCCUGGACUGCCUCAGUCUAGAAGCAGGCCAGAGAGGGAGGCACGUGGCAUCCCAGGGCGACCUAGCUAGUUCUGCCGUUGCUUCACGAGUUCUGAGCGUUCUCUGCUAGCCUAUGGAAGCUGCAGCCCUCGGAGGACAGAAGUGUUGUGCGCCCAACAGAACCCUCUGAGACGCAAGCUGCUCCCUUGGCUAGCUCAUAUGUGGAAAUAGCCCUGUAAUUCGAGGUAACUCCUUCCGCUCGUGUCCACAUCCCUCUUGUCAAGAGCUCAUUGAAAGUCAUGUGCCCGGGGAAUGUUCCUGUGACUGGUUUUUGUUUUUCCUUUUUUUAAAAAAUUAAGGUGGAACUAAAGUCAGGCCCGGCCAUUACACUCCCCGCGUGCACCAGCACAGCCUGGGCCCAGUCAUGCCUGGCUCAGAUGAGGUCCCUUAAGCAGGAUUGGAGACCAGUGAACGCCCCCUGCCUUUUGGAUUUUUUGCUCAUCAAUUGACCGUUCUUUCCAGACCUCUUAAGUCACGCUCUUAACUGUAGCUUUCUCUGAUGUCUGUUGCCGCCAUUCAUUUUUUUCAGAGCCCGCACUGGCCCACACAGCUCCAUCCCAUGCAGGCAGCUGGCUCUGGCUGCGUCCCCAAGGUGCAGGCCUGCCCUGGGCACGCUGGCCCGUGACGGAGCCUGAGGUCACAGCCCCAUGACUAGUCUGAGACCUUCCUAGGAGCUGUGGAUGUUUCCGGGGAGGCUGGGAGGGGCAGCUGUGAUCCCCGUGGAGGACGUCGGGAGUAACACUGCUUUGCUUUGGCAGGUUGAAGGGGCCCGGCCAGGACUCGGGGAAGGGUGGCCUGAGAUCAGCGAUGACCUCUGGGGUCACUGUCCCAGGAGGGACUUCACUUGGAACAAGAGCUGGAGGCAGCCGCUUGCCCCGGAGGUUUGUCCCUUGAGGCGCUUAGCCAGAAAGGUUGCAGGCCCAGGGCCUCAAAUCGCUCCUGGAGGACCGGCUGCGGUGUGCUGGCGGCGAUCGGGGCGGCCAGACCUUGCCCACAACGGUGGAGCCCUGUGAAAAUCGGAUUUGAAUAAAGGGCCACGUGUGCACCCAGAAA